AUGAGCGUCCCCAACCCCCAACAACCGGAGUUGCCUCCACUGUCCGCCACAGACUUCCGCAUCUACAACCAACUCGCCGACAAGAUGGAAUACUUUCACACCAUGCUCCGCCACUCAUGGGACAUCCAAUGGACCGCCGCCACAAGCGGGCGCCGCCCCCAAGGCAUGUCGAUCCGGCAAUUCAUCGCAGAGGGCCUGCGCUUCGCGUCGCAUCUAGAAACGCACCACGCCAUCGAGGAGCAGCACAUCUUCCCGCAUCUCGCGCGCAAGAUGCCCGAGUUCCGCGUCGGCAGGGGCAAGAACAACGCCGAGCUGCUGCGCCAGCAUAAGCUGAUCCAUGCCGGGCUGGAUGGGUUCAGGGAGUAUUUGGAGAGGUGUCUGAGUGGGGAGGAGGAUCUGCAGAUGGAUGUGCUGAGGGGGAAGAUGGAGACGUGGAAGGAUGUGCUGUGGACGCAUUUGGAUCAGGAGGUGAGGACGCUGGGCGCGGAGAAUAUGCGGAGGUAUUGGGCGAAGGAGGAGAUUGGGGGGAUUCCGUUUUAG